AUGCAACGAUUCAGCAACUCAGUGAUAGGUUUCUUGAACUUCUUCACACUCUUAGCAUCAAUUCCAAUAAUAGGAGCAGGACUAUGGAUUUCAAGAAGCACAACAACAUGUGAAAAUUUCUUCCAAACACCACUUUUAAUUAUAGGAUUUAUUGUUCUUAUGAUUUCACUAUUUGGUUUCAUAGGAGCAUGUUUUCAUGUGGCAUGGGCACUUUGGGUUUAUUUGGUGAUUAUGUUGUUGGUUAUAGCAGCAAUUAUAGGGUUGACUAUAUUUGGUUUUGUUGUGACUAGUCAAGGUGGGGGUGUUGAAGUUCCUAGUAGGGUUUAUAUGGAGUAUCAUCUUGAGAAUUAUUCAAUAUGGUUGAGGAAUAAGAUUAAGGAUCCUCAUUAUUGGAGUACUAUCAAGAGUUGUAUUAUGGGGUCUAAUACUUGUUCUAAACUUGCUUCUUGGACUUCUCUUGAUGUUAUGGAGAAGGAUAUGUCCCCAAUUCAGUCUGGAUGCUGUAAACCACCAACAUCAUGCAACACCAACAUGGAAGACAAAGAUUGCUACCGUUGGAACAAUGCAGCAAACAUACUAUGUUACAAUUGCGACUCAUGCAAAGCUGGUGUACUUGAAAACAUAAGAAGAGAUUGGCACAAAAUCUCAGUUCUCAGUGUUGUUGUUCUUGUUUUUCUUAUCGGAAUAUAUUCAAUUGGAUGUUGUGCUUUCAGAAAUGCAAGAAGAGCUCAAACUGAUUAUCCACAUGGGGAAAAUCGUAUGUCUAAAGUUAGACCUAGAUGGGAUUAUCAUUGCUGGAGAUGGUUUCAUGAAAAGAAGGAGCAGCUUUUUUAG